AUUUUUCUUUCACAUAUACCCAGAUUGAGUCACGCUUGUAGCGACGGUCGAUACACACACACUCAUAUAUAUACUGCUCGACUUGCUAACUUUCACUCGUUUUACUCGUAUUACUUAUGCAUGUGUAUGAUUGUUGUGAAUAACAAUAAUAGUUACAUAUUUGAUCAAAACAUUUAGGUAUGCCUGUCUAUAAUCGAGAUAUCGGCACAAACGUAUUGUCUCGAUUAGGCUCGGCUCGACCUGACACGAGUUUUAGGAAAUCCCUACUUUCAACACCACAAAUAUCCUGUCUGCACCAAGCGAAACAACGCGGGUCGCCCGUAAGGUCACAUGUGUUCAAAUACCUGAAAGUCGUCAGUGAAUCUAGGUCAUCUGAUGGCGGACGUUGGCGUUACAAGGAAGAGAACACCCACUCACAUUCCGAAAGGUUUCAUGUGGUAUAUAUAUGGAUGCCCAAAAAGAAGCAGGUCGGACACGCCUCUCUUGUGUUGAGUAAUGGAACAUACGUCAGCUUAUGGCCACAUGACAAGAAAAAGAAAUGCGGAGUGAUGAAGAAGGUUCUGGGUAAGAGCGACCGUCCAGAAGAAGACAUUUACAAAGAAGGAUUCGAGGCAGAUUAUACUUUCAAGAUACCUUCUGAAAAGUUAGAUGUAUCCAGAAUGCAAGCUUUCUGGGAUAACUGGCAAAACACCGGUCACUAUGCUUUACUUUUCCGAAACUGUUGUUGGAUUGUAUACAAAGUCCUUCAUGAAGGCGGAGCCCCUGCAAGUGCAACAAUAUUUUGGCGUCCAGAAACAUUGCGAAGGUAUUUGAGGAUCUAUGAGAAUGACAGCCAUUGGAUCAGGGCCUUCAUUAAUCUGUGGUGACAAAGUUUCUGGACGAAUGGAUAAUGUUUUUGGUUCGUGACCUCUGCUAAAUUGUUGGGGCAAAUAUCAAGACAAGUUGAGGCCUUAAUAUCCAGUUCCUUGGAUCGUCAGCUUUAACGUUCACCAACAAAGGUGCUGCCUCUAUGCCAAGACUCUGGUAUCUCAGUAUUUAUCAUAAAUUGAUUUUCACCUUGUGCUGUAAUCUUCCCGAAACUGUUCAUAUGUUUCCGUGGU